AACCCACUUGUAAACUACUGUAGUACUGUACAAUAGAGCGACAUCCACGACUUACCCGCUUUUUUUACUUUGCUCAUGAAAUCAACAAGUUUAAUAGUGAAUACCAACCUUGUUAUGUUUAUGUACAGUGUACACUCUACGGCAAUAGUCGCCGUGAUCGUCGUCAUCGUCCGCUAAUGAGUGAUGACAUCGGAGUUUGUUAUCCCGAUACCGCUGUUAUCAGACGAUUUGACAGAAAUGCUGGCACUGUAUACAGUUGUAGUACAGACAUACAUUACGCACCUUUAACUUUACACUAUUAUAACUAUUGUGUUUUGUAUUUACUAUAAUAUGAUAUGUGAUAUUUAAUUAAUUUUUACAUCUUAGUUUUUACUGCCACGCCUCGUAUAAACGUCACAAUCCGAAUCUAGCGAAGCACUAUACCCCCCGUACCCGACUACUCAAGCCAACUCGAAUCCGUGUAGUCCAUGGAUAACGAAAUUUCUGCAGCCGAGCCUAUCGGUACCACCGUCCUGGACAUGCCAUCGAACCGUUCAGAGGCGGUCUCGGUAGACUACUCACCAGACAAUGAAGACCUAGACGAAGCGGCAGCUGCUGCCGUUGCCGCAUCAGAGGCUACUCGUGACACACUGGCUGAUGGUCUGGUUGCCAAUCUGCUCAGACCGUGUGUUGACCGUUUGGAUGCAACUGUACAAUGUACCAGACUGAGCCAACUCGACCUGAAACUACAGCUUGACUCAUUGGCUUCCGAGCUUAAGCGAUUGUCAUUGACACAGCACGAUUACUUGUUUGUUGCAAAGUUAAUAUCAUCAACAAAGUUGCCAGUUUCUGCUGACAAGACCAUUUCAUCUACAGUAACUGCUACGACAAAAACCGCCACUGACACAUGUGUCUUACUAGAAGGGUAUGCUCAUAGAUUAAGUGAUGCACGUGCCAAGAUAGCCGUUGUUGGAAAUAUACUGGAGUCUACUCAGGAACGCUUACGAGCGCUUUCUCACCGAAUAGGUCGUGAGCACAACAACCGUCGAUCACUCCUAGAGCCCCAAGCUGUGGUAAUUGGUGUGGAAGAUAAAAUGGAAUUGGAGAGAGAAAAUGAAAAAUUAAAUGAUAACGUAGAGGAGAUAAACGACAACAAAGAGGAGGUUCAGCCAAAUAAGAACCUCACAGUUUCUAAUGAAGACAACAUGGAAGAACGUCAACCUGAAGAAGAUGCUUCAGUGAUAGCAACAUCACUGGCUGCAUCGGAAAUACCAAAAAAGAYAUGAUGAACCGUGCGAGUCAUGCUGGCUCAAAGAUAUCCAGGCAGAUGCAUUGCUUUAUGACUUGCUGGCGUUGAUGUGGAAACCUGAAUCUGCCAUCACUAUCAAUCAAUACCUCUAUUUUAAAUACUUCACGAAUUAUAAUCCAAAAUUUAGUUUGGUAGAAGCUCCGUGAGCAGGUCACUAGCAUGGUGCUAAUAUAUGCCCUGCGAUUUAUUAACCAUCUACCAAGUGAACCAGCAUCUAAGACUACACUAAAGCAAUUCUGCAGUGCAGAUGUUUUAUUAACAUUCCAAUACGUAUUAUUGUUCUUGGCAUAAUUUAUCAAAACAUUUUACAUUAUAUGAUAUGUAUCAAUAAUGUUUUAAAUAUUACUUAUGUUGUAUUUUAAUA